AUGAAUAAUCAAAGAGUAACCUAUGCAGAACUGAAUCUUGUUAAAGACUCAAAGAAACAGCAAAUGAAACCUAAGGGUCCUAAGAGCUCCAUUUCAGUAACUGAGCAGGAAAUAACCUAUGCUGAAUUAAAUCUUCACAAUGCCUCUCAGGAUCUUCAAGGGAAUGACAAGAAGGACCACUGCAAAGAUUUACCACCACCUCCAGGGAAGCUCAUUGCUGGGAUCCUGGGAAUCACCUUCCUUGUCUUGCUGUCUGCUGUGGUAACAACGACAGUUACUCCUCCUAUUGCAAUCAUGGAGCAGAGCAAUUUAUCCUGGAUAACAAGGAAUCAGAAAGUAUAUCACUGUCAUCGUUGUCCAGAGGAGUGGUUAACAUAUUCCAACAAUUGCUAUUACAUUAGUAUUGAAAGAAAAGCAUGGAAUGAGAGUCUGAUGGCCUGUGCUUCUAAGAACUCUAACCUGCUUUAUAUAGAUAAUGAAGAAGAAAUGAACUUUUUGAUCUCCUUGAGUGUUUUUUCGUGGAUUGCACUCUCCCACAGAACCAGUAAUAAUUCAUGGGUUUGGUCAAAUGGCUCAACUUUCUCUUCCAAACUGUUCCCAGUAUCUUUAGAGAGAGACAAUAACUGUGCAUAUUUUAAUUAUCAGAAAAACACACUUUCUUCUGCAUCCUGUUUGGAAAUAAAAAUAUAUGUUUGUAAGCACCAGGCAAUUUAG